UGUAAAACAUACUCAUUAGUGCGAAUUAUAUAUUAGUGAUUAACGCUUGUUUAAUAAGUAUACUUAAAAACAAACAUGGUUAUGGAUAUUUUAGAAAUGGAUGCAAUAUUUGCUUUAAAUCAGCUGCAAAGCAAUGCCGCAACUUUAGAAAAGAGUCGUGAAAAACGAAAAUUGUCAAACAGCAUGCACAGACAACGUGAAAAUGAUUGUAGCAAGUAUUGUUUAAGGUCUGGAAUCAACUUUGAUCAGUUGGAUACACUUCCUGUAAUUCAUAUAGCCGGUACAAAAGGUAAAGGCACCACAAGUGCAUUUUGUGAGAGUAUAUUACGACAACAUGGCUAUAAAACUGGAUUUUUUUCAUCGCCACAUUUAAUAUCAGUUCGAGAACGAAUACGUUUGAAUGGAAAACCAAUUGAUAAAAUAGAUUUUAUCAAAUAUUUCUGGUCUGUUCAUGAAAAAUUGGAGAAUAAUAAGGAAAAUGAAACUGAUAUGCCGCCAUAUUUUCAAUUUUUAACAAUUUUAGCCUUUAAUAUAUUUUUGAGUGAAAAAGUUGAUGUUGCUGUUGUUGAAGUUGGAAUUGGUGGGGAAUAUGAUUGUACGAAUAUUUUAAGAAAAGUACCAGUAGUUGGUAUUACAUCAUUGGGCAUGGAUCACACGUCCUUAUUAGGCAAUACUAUUGAAGAAAUUGCAUGGCAAAAAAGUGGUAUUAUGAAACCAGAUUGUAAAGCAUUUACUGUACCUCAAGCGAGCAAUGCGCUUAAAGUAUUACAAAAUAGGAGUAUUGAAAAAAAUUGUUCACUUCAAAUAGUACCUGAUUUUAAUGAAUACGAAUUUGAAACUAACAUGAAACAAUUACAAAAUAAACUUACUGACGUUCAGCAAAUUAAUGCAUCGUUAGCAAUACAACUUUCAUAUGCUUUUAUGAAUAUUGAUAGUUCGAAAAUUAACGAAAAAACCGUUCAAGGUUUACUCAAUUGUCGUUGGCCAGGAAGAACUCAAAUUUUAGACACAUCAAUGGCAAGAUUCUUUUUGGAUGGUGCACAUACUAUUGAAAGUUUAGCCAAAUGUAUUGAGUGGUUUACAAAACAAAUAGGUGUCUCAGAUAAUGAAAAUAUUUUAAUCUUCAAUGUAACAGGUGAUAGAGAUUCUCAACAAUUACUGAAAUUGUUAAAUAAUGUAAAUUUUAAAAAUGUAAUUUUUGUACCAAAUAAUGCUUACGCACAAGAUGACAAUCAUUUAGAUCAAGUCAAUUACAACAGUCCCACAAACUUGCAAUUGAAACGAUGUGAAGAUCAUAAGAAAAUUUGGGAAAAUAUUAAUAAAAAUAAAUCAAUUGUUAAUGUAUAUCCAAGUGUAUCACACGCUUUGGAAAUGUUAAAAUUGCAUGAGAAAAAACCUAAUGUAUUAGUUACAGGCUCCUUACAUUUAAUUGGGGCAGUUUUAAAAUUAAUCGAUCCUGAUCUACGAUUAUCUACAACAGUGGAAAAUGAAGUACAAAAUAUUAGUUAGCUAAAUAUUAUAUUG